AUGGCCUUAGCAACGAGCAGCAUUCAGGAGCCAACAAUAGACAAUGAAUUGUCAGUACCUACAACCAAUGUAAAGAACAAAUUCAGACUGACAUUAGAACCCAUCAUGAUAUUAAUACUAAUCGGAGUGAAAAUAAACCGUGAGUACUGAACACAGUGCAUAAUAGAGUCGUAUUACUCAUUUUAUUAAGAUAUUUUGAAAUUUUUAAUAACAUAUUGUUAAAUGAUUUCUGUCUGAAAUUGAACUAGUUCCUUUCUAAAUCUGUAUAAGUUAUGUAAAUGAGGGCAUAAUUGACUCGUUUCUCCCUGGGAAAAUAUUGCUAAUAACUUAGGCGUAUCGUAUUUUUAUUAUUAUUUUUUUUUUGUUAUUAUUGAGACAAAUUCAUUAAAUAUAAAUAGCAUAUAUUUUACUGUAUUUCAUUUUAUAUUCAAAACACACGCUUACAUUCACAGGUACAAUGUACAUUUUCAGCUAACACAUUUUGGAUAUAUUUAGUGUUAAAUUAAAUAUGUUAUAAUUCUGUAGUGAUGAUACAAACAAAUCUGUUUGAAGAACGCGUGUGUUUACAUACUUCAUUGGGGAAAAAUAAAUCUGUAAACUGUUACAAUAUGACUAACGCCGAAAAAAGAACAGUUCAACCGGAUGUUGCCAAAUUGCAAAUGUUUGCAAAUUUGAUUGAAACAUUAUCACCAAGUAUAAGCGCAUUAUUUUUAGGAUCGUGGAGCGAUAUAAACGGCCGUUUACCAUUAUUUAUAGUAACAAUAUCAGGUUUGAAUUUUAAUAUACAAAAUAAUGUAAUUUUAAUAUUAAUUAAAAUUAUAACAAUUUCAAAUUAAAGGAAUCGUGUUAUCUAACUGUAUGUACUGUGUUAUUUCUGCUAUGCCUGAAUUAUCACCAAUAUUUUUUUUGGUGUGCAGUUUACCUAUUGCCUUAAGCGGUGGCCGCGCAGUAUUAUAUCUCGCUGCAUAUUGUUAUAUUGUCGAUAUAACUGACGUACAAACAAGAGCGUUUAGGUAACCAACAUUCAAUUAAAAACUAAAAUCGCCAUGAUACUUUUAAUACCUAUUUAUAUAAUCAAAUAUCAAAUAUAAUUAAACUGUAUAAAUAAUAACGUUCGAUUAACAUAAAACAUAUUUUAAUCUAAUUUGAUUCCAAUCUUUGUGUGCUCUAGAAUGUCUCUAUAAAAUACCAUUUUAUCGUGAAUGCAUACUCAUUACCCAUUAAAUUUUUAACAUUCAUAAAUGCGGCAUUUGGGCAAAAAUGCAACAUCUUGGACGUCGUUUAAAGAUUUUCACUCUUUGAAACACUCUGUAACCUUUGAGAGGACGGUACACACGCGUUUGUUGUUUUCGUCUUAUAAACGUACGACAUAGUUGAAACAUGCUCAUGCAGACUACAUAGAACUUACUUAAUUUUGGUUUUAGAGUAAAAGUACCUAUUAUGAAAUUAAUAGAGAACAAUAUUCCGGAGAGCAAGACGUUGCGUUUUUCUUGAAAAAAUUAUUUUUUUUUUUUUUUUAAAGUUUUAACUAAUUAAAAAUACGUUGAAAAAGUUGUUAUUUAUAAACAGUAAAUUUACUGUUAUAUUCGAAGAAAAUGGAAAAAUACUUAACGCCUUGUCCUCCGGAAUAUUGUUCUUUAUUAUGAUUUCAUAAUAUCCGUUUUUAUUCUAAAACUAAAACCAAGCCAGUUUAGUCACUGUGUAGUCUACGUAAGCGUGUUUUUAAUAUAUCUCGUGUUUGUAAGACAGAAACAACAAAUGCAUGUGUAACGUCUUCUUAAAACAAAUUUUAAUAGUUCUGCAUUCAAGGAACACUAAUUGUUUCAACUUCUAGAACAUAUUAUAGGCUUUAUCUAUGUUCUGUAUAAAUUAGUUCGUUUUGGUUUUAGUAAUGUAAUAGUAAGUUGCUGUUUGUAAUACCUAAUGGUCUAUCGUAAAUGUUAAUAUGGGAUAGUAUGUACGUUUCAUAUUUACGUUGCCAGUAUAUGAUUUAAAGAAAUAGAAAACGUGUGCGCUACUCUGGCUCUUUUUAAAUAAAAAAAGAUUGGCAAACAUUUGAAAAAAAGCAGCAAUAUAUUUGAGGUGGACUACACCAAAUAUAAGUGUAAUCUGUAAACUACAACAACAUUUAGAUUCAGAGCAUAGCGAGAGAUCUAUUGGUUUUACUAUGAUGUGUUUUUUUUUUUUUAAUUUUUAUUUUCUGUCUGCAAACGACUUUUCUACCAGAAAUGUUACUCAAAUGUAUAGAGUGUAGUUCCUUUACUGAAAGCGAAUGUUGGUGCAUUAAGGAGUUUAGUUUUCGAUUUUCUAAGCUGUUUUCAAAAUAAUUGGGAAAAACCCGAAAGAAAAUUGUAUAGGUAAAACGGCGAGUCGCGGCCGCGGCGUUACCGAUUUCAUUGUUUUUAAUAGUUGCUAACUAUGUUUUCUACUAGAUAUAUUGCUCUAAUCGAAAAAUGAAAAAAAAAUGAUUGUGUUCUUUUUGAUAUAUAACCACUAACAAAGUUAUUUAUUUUUUUAUCUAUAAAGAAGUUUUCAUAAUAAUUGGGAAAACUAAAAAAAUAUGAUUUUUCUUUUCAAAUUACAGUCCAAAGAUAUUUCAUUAUUUGAAAUGUUUAAGAUUAUAUUAUAUUUUUUUAUCAUUAUAAAUUUGUUGUUUGAUUUUCCGCAUAGUUUUCCUAAUAAUUACAAAAAACAGGGAAAAAACGAAUGAAAUACGGCAAACUCUGCGGCGUUUGGUUUUUUUGUUGUCAUUCGGUUAAAAAAUAAUUGCAAAGAUCUGUCGUUUUCGAAAAAUUCUGAUAUUGGCCUUUUGCGUACGUGAUGAAAUUUUAAAAAUGUUUUAACCUUUUUAAGGCUAUUCAUAAGCAUUUUAUAUGUAUUUUUAUUUGAUAUCUGUUAUUAAAAUUAUAUAACUUCAGAAUAAUGCUUUAAAAUUUAACACGGGGUAAAUUAUAAGUUUUACUUAGUAGUAUAAAAAACAUAUUUGAGUUUGAUGUAAUAGUUUUUUUUUAUAAAUUUUUCAAAAUCAAAUUUUGACGAAAAUCGUAAAAAUUAUGUAUUUCAAAAUAUGUCCUAACGCACUUCACUCCGAAUCGUUUUUCGUUAGCAAUGGUUUAUCUUUGCUUACCGACAUAAAUUAAACAAUUUUAUAUAUUUUACCUUUCCAACUUCCUACCUACAACAGUGGCCGCUCCCGUCCCCAAUAUAAGAACUUUUCUUUAAAAAAGUUAAUUGUUUAUUUUGUUACUUGGUUUUUUUUUUUGUUUUGUAAGUCACCAAUAGUGUCUUUAAAUGUUAUAACUUCUACUUAAUUGUUUUGAUAGUAUGAUUGCCAGUAAUUAUAACGAAUUCAGUUUUUCUUGUGCUCAAAAAUAUCGAGUUUUUAUACGUUCAAUUACAAAAACAUAAAUAAAGUAAAAAUGUAUACCUAAUUUUAUUUAUUACAUACUUCAAACAGGUUUCAAAAUUUAAAAGUUUAAGGCUUUUGUUUUUCAUAUGAUAUCAUACUUAUUUUUGAGUUAUACUAAUACAAAGGUGUAUCAAUAAUGUGCCAGUGCUGAUGCCAAAUUUGAAAUUUCCCACCAGAGAUGACAGGUGUCCUAACCGAAAUUGCCCUAACAAAAUCAAGCAAAUUCACCUGAAUAAAUUGACAUAUUUUUUUUGGAAUCGGACAACGUUUCGGAACAGCCACGAAGCAAUAGCCCCAGCACGUUUGUUUGUAGAUUUCCGAAGCUUAGUAACCAAAGCAAAAUCCAAAAAUGCCCUACCAAAAUCUAGCGAAUUUCUAGCAAAAUGCUGAUAAUAGUUGUAUAGUCCUAUCAUAAUGUGUCAGUGCCAACUUGAUUGACAUCCUACAUUAAACUGUUUAACCUUAUAUGUGUUACUAGAGUUAAACAUCAUUUACUUUUAGAUUCGGAGUAUUGCAAUCAUGUACAGCUUUUGGGUCGAUUCUCGGAUCAAUUAUGAGUCCGUAUCUAUGUAAUAAAUCAUACACAUAUGCUUUUACAACAUCAUCGAUUUGUGCAACAGCAGGACUUCUUUAUACAUCAAUUUAUCUCAAAGAAACAAUUGUCAUCAAAGAGGUAAAUAUUUAUUUUUUCAAAUAAAAAUAUUUAAAGUUUUUGUAUUUGAUUUAUUUAAUAAUAAUUUAGUAAAAACUCAGCCUUUUUUUUCUGCUUGUAAUAUUCCUUUUUAGUGUGGUUCUUUAAACGUUCAUUUAAUAGACGUUUAGAUAGUAACAUGAGUAUCUAAGUAAACGCUAUAAUAAUACUAAUGGUGUACUAUAUACGUGCAUACGAUGAUUUGUUAUACAUUUUUCGGUUUGAUGCAAUGCAAUAAUAAAUAAUAUAAAACUGAUCUUAACUAUAUGAACUCCUAAAACCGAUUUCUGCAUUCAGGAUUUAGUAUUGUAAAAAAAAAAAGGUUCUUUUAAAACCGGAUUUACAUAUUUAGUUAUGGGAUAUGGUAAACUUCUACAAAAGAAGGUAAUCUCCUACAUUGACACAGUGUUAACUCCUACAAAAGAUAAUGUAAACUCCUACAAAAAACAUAAAAUCAUAAAAUAAGAUAUUUUAAAAUAAAUAAAAAUCAAUCAUAAAUUACAAAAAUCAAAAUAAAAAUAUUAUAAUAAACAUUUUUUAAAUAAAAAUAAAUUUAAAAUAUCAAAAAUCAACAAUAAAGUCAUAAACAAAUAUUUAUUUACGUUUAUUUUUAUAACACAUAUUUUUAAUAAAAUCAUACCGUGAAAUUUUUCCUUUUUUUGUAUUUUCUUUUUUUGCUUAUUUAUGUACUCAUAUUUUAAAAUUAUUUUUGUCCGCCUAAGUCCUGUUACGUCACCGCUUCUAAUUUUUACGUAAGUUUUCGUCUGUAUAUUUAAUAAAACGUUUACAAAUAAAUUUUGGUUAAAAUUAUGGUUUAUUUUCUAAUAAAUCGAAUAUAAAAAACUUUUAAUAUCAUUGACAUUCCAGAACGGUAAACCAAAAGUAUGUACUAAGCAUAUUCCAAUUUCAGAUUCAUUAUUUCUUUAGUGAUUUGUAAGGCCUAAUUGUUGGAUUUGUCUGUACCAAUUUUAGCACCAAUGAAAAUUGCGACCACUAAUUUACGCUGUUGGCCAAAUAUUUCUAAUUGCAUUAUGAAUGGAAAAUUCAAAGUCAGAUGCAAUAAUUUUUCCAUUAGAAAACUAUUUCUGAUAUAAAAUGUCGUGCGUGUUCAUUUAAAAUAGUGAAAUCGUAAAAUCGUACAGUUAUUCCCACUUAAGUACAAUCAUCUCAAACAAACAUUAUUGUAAAACCAUUAUAAAUCGCUCGCUACACUCAGAAUCUAAAAUGUAAAAAGGUCUGUGUAGAAGAUUAUACCAUCUAUUUUGGGCAGGCCAAAAGCGACAUUGUAGGAGUUUACACUAAUUCUUAAAUUCAGGUAAAAAGGUCAUUUUUGUAAGAGUUUACACGUAGCCUUAAUUAUUGAAGUUACCUAUUAGUUAUUAAACUUAGGUUUAUUUCUUAACAGGAUGUCAAUAAAAACCUUUUCCGGUUAAAUCUUGUAAGAGAUACAUGGCAAACAGUUUUGAAGCCACGUUUUGGCUAUUUGAGAUGUAUAAUUUUAAUAUCAGUUAUGAUUAUAACUAUUGACAUUAUCGAUGUCUUUGGUAAGUUUAGUACUUAUAUUUUUUCCAAAAUAUUCUAAAAAAUAACUGAAAAACACACAUAAUUAUACAAUUUAACGGUGUGUUUAAUCUUAUUGUAAAAUACUGUCUACUGAAGUACAUAAUAUUUUUAAAUAUGUAUUUUGUAUUGUGUUUUAGGAGAACUUUCUAUUAUAUAUUUGUAUCUACAAAAACAGUUUUCGUGGACAUUAGAAAAUUAUACUUUAUUUAAUGCAUACUCAACAUUAAUAAGUGGUAUGUCCUUUUGUUAUGAUUAUACCUAUUCUAUAGAAUUAAUAAAAAAAUUAUGAAAAAAAUAAAAUAAAUAACAACAAAUUGUUUCAAAUUGUUAUCAAAAAAUAAAAUUGUAUAUAAAUACCUGCAAGUAAAUUGUAUUAUUAUUUGUUUGCUUGUUAUUAUAUUAUUUAAUUAUUUCAGCUUUAUUACCAGCAAUCAGUUUAUACGUGUUUAGUACCAAAUUAAAAAUAUCUGACAUACAUCUAGCUAUUACUUCAACUGGAUUUAAAAUUAUACACAAAAUUGGUUUAGCAUAUUCUGUGUACGGGUGGAAUUUUUAUGUAGUACAAAUUGUUGGUUCUUUGAUUUAUUCCAGCGAAACGUUAGUUCGUUCUCAACUGUCGAAGAUUUUUCCAUCCGAAGACUUGGGUAAUACAUUAUAAUUAGUAUAAUUUAUGAACCAUUAUUCGCACAUUAACUUUAUAUUUUCAGGUAAAAUAUACGCUUUCAUCAAUGUUAUGGAAGAUUUUGGAAUAUUACUUGGUACUCCAAUAUACACGACACUAUAUAAUAUGACUAUAGACAAUUUUGCAAAUUGUUUUUUAUUUUUAUCAUCUAUACUUGAAACAUUCAUUUUAAUGUUAUACUUGUGAGUAAAAUUUGUGUCAAAUCUAUUAUUUUUGAAGUAAUGAAUACCAAUCUGUUUUUAUUUUUAGAUUUAUGUUGUCGUGUCUUUCUAAAAGUACCCAACCAGACCAUUUGUUAACGGAAAAUUAA